UGUUGUGAAUGCAACAUGAUGAGGAAGGUGACGUCAGCUCCAGUCAGUGCGUCGGUGUGAAGGGCAGCAGGUGCGUCAGGUAGACCUUCAUACCCGGAAGGAAAGACUUUAAAGCAGCCACUCCGUUAACAGGAUUAUAGGGUUCAGGUUCCAACCCAAGAGCGACUCCCUUAAUCAAACAACAUUUGACCCCACAGACAGAGCAGAGCGAUGGAGCCGAGAGACCUGCAGCAGGAGUUGGUGGAUAAGUUCAACCAUGUGCUCUCCAGACAGCACUUGUUCCAGUCUGACUGGGACAUCGCCUCUUUUGCAGUCUUCUUCAUCUUCAUUGGUAUGAUUCUGCUGCUGGUCAUCCUGGUCCUCAUCCGCUGCUGCUGCUGCUGCUGCUGUGAUGACGAGAAGCCCCGGAGACGGAAGGUCGGCGUGGAGAACAUGGCUCUGGAGCCCUGACGGCUCAACUGCACUCAUCAAGUAUUGUGAAGGUUGAUGAAGCCAGAAGAGUCUUACUAAUAACUUUUGUGCCAAAGCUUUGAUUUUACUGUCACCAGUCUGUUAGCAAAUUUAGUCCACUUGCACAUAGAAUGAAUCGUUGCUCACGAGUCCUUCACUACCCAGUUAUAGAAAUCUAACACACGUGAUCUUUUUGACUGUUUUUGUCACUGCUGUGUGGGGUUUGUCGCUAGGAUACCACCGAGGAGCUGGAACACUCAGCAUACCUCUGUAGAUUUGCAUGUCACUUCCUCUUAUUUUGUUUGUUGAAAGAAAUUUGUUUUACUUAGUAAUAAAUAUAUAAAUAAUAAACAUGUCAACGUUGCUUUA